ACGGGGCGGGUCUGAAGGCCUGAAGGACCCGGCUGCGUUUUCCUCAAACCCCAGCUGCUCCGGUACCCGCGUCCCGGUUCUCCCACCCGGGCGACGCCGACUAGGAAGGUGACCACCGGUGACGCGAUCCUCUCGGCAUGGCCCACCCGGCCUACGGCGGAGGGUUUGGAAAUUUUGGUGGUCAGAUACCAGGACCACAGAUGCAGAUGGGACAGCCCGGUCCAAACUUGUACCCUGGGGGAUACCAGCCUGUGCACACAGCAUAUAUGGGCAACUACUCUUCAGCUGGUGACUCCAUGUGGACUUACUUCACUGCUAUUGCUGGACAGGACGGGGAGGUGGAUGCUGAAGAACUGCAAAGAUGUUUGACACAGUCUGGAAUUAGUGGAACCUAUUCUCCCUUCAGCUUGGAAACUUGCAGAAUUAUGAUUGCUAUGUUGGAUAGAGAUUACACAGGAAAAAUGGGGUUUAAUGAAUUCAAGGAGCUUUGGGCAGCUCUUAAUGCCUGGAAGCAGAACUUCAUGACCUUUGAUCAAGACCGGAGUGGCUCAGUAGAGCAUUGUGAAUUGAGUCAAGCCAUUGCUGUUAUGGGUUAUAGAUUGAGUCCUCAAACAUUAAAUGCUAUUGUUAAACGUUACAGCAAGAAUGGCAGAAUUUUCUUUGAUGAUUAUGUUGCUUGCUGUGUGAAGCUUCGAGCAUUGACAGAAUUCUUUAGGAGAAGAGAUCACUUACAACAAGGGUAUGUGAAUUUCCUAUAUGAAGAUUUUUUGCAGGGCACUAUGACAAUUUAAAUGCCUAAAAUUUGAAAGCCGAAGAAAUACUGUGAAUCCUUUUGCUUGAAAGAACCGAAGUGGACUGCAUUGAAGUAAAACUUUGGGGCAGUGUUAUGUUCCUGGCUAUGAAACCCCUUCUCUUUCAAUGUGUUUUUAUUUUAAUGCACAAUUCAAAGCAGUAAGUGUUAUGCUUUCUUAUUUGGGUUUUGCUGCUUUUGGAAAAAUUAUAACUACAAAUAUCUGAAUACUAUUGUAAAAUAUUGGUAUAUUAUUAUGUCAAUAGUUCUUAGACUUAUUUUUUAACAAUAAAAGUCUAGAUUCAGGAAUGUGCUAACAUGAUAGAUUGUAUGGGAAGCCAAAAGAUAAAAGCCUAGAUAAAAUUUAUACUUAUCUCAAAAUCAAAUAUUAUAGUUUUGACUUUUGUUUGCAUUGUGAAUAUUUAAGGGAAAGCUGGAAAGGAAAAAUGUGGAUUUUGUGCCAUCUUUGAAUAGGGUUUGUUCUCUGAUCACAUAAUUGGAGGAUGUAUCCUUGUGGGUCUUUGUGAAAAAGCAAAUUGUAGUUCCUAAAAACCUGUUAAUUUUUUUUUUUUUUUUUUUU